GACCCAUUCAAGCGGCCCGCCGAGUCCCGAGCCGGCCAGACCGACGCACCACCGGCGUGUGGAGAGAGAGAACGAGAGAAAGCCGGAGAGGCUGAAGAGUGGCGGAGGAAUAAAGCGCCGAGCGCGACAGCCGCGGAUCGGGACUCGGGAGAAAGAGACCCAGCUUACCUCCAGCUCGCUUGACAUCUCCGGGUGUGUGUAUUUCUCGCUACCCGGAUCGAGUGGAACAGUUUUACAACCAACCAUUCGUUUGGAAACACGUCUACCCGUGGAGACCGAGAGGUACUCAGCCUCGCGCUUUGUUUGCUGGUUGUUGGGGAAAAGUUUCUGUGGAGCGAACUGCAUCUUGUCGUCUGGGAAGAAGUUUGGUUGUGGAUUUGUUUUGUCCCACCCGCCCUCUCCACCCGGGAUUGGUGAACCUGUGGUAAUCGCUCGUCUUGUUGCUGUUUUUCCCAAACUUUUGCCGAGGGCUGAACACGGGUACACAACAGUAUGUUCACUUGUCUCGUGAGUUAUACUAAGUCCACACGUGCUUCCUCCGACAAACACUCGGGGACUUUUUGUUCCGCUACUCCGCAUCAAUCAGCGGAACAACAAACAUAAAAAGUAAACAAAAACAACAAACAACAAACCAAAAAACACCAAAAAUUUCUGUCUUCAGACUAGAAUUGAAGAAUUCCUCAUCUAAUUUUUGAGUAUGCCGUCUGGAGAAGGAUGGAGUGAAAGCUGUGACUAUCGACGUUCAUCCAUCCUCAUCAUCGCCGAAGCUACAUCGUAGUCGUCGCUCGAAGAAAAAGAAAAAAAACUCCCAAAAUUUCUGAUGUCGUGGUCGACCCUCAGCUCCGUGACUUCUAGGAGAACAUCUUCGAUGUCGUGGAGUAGGACCUGGUGGUGGUGGUGGCAGGCGCUGACGUUGUCGUUGCUGUCGCUGUCGUCGGUGUGCGAGUGUCGGCGGUUCAUGGAACGAACGACGAACUACGGGCGGGUGCGGGGACUGGUGGAGACGCUUCAGGGUGGAAAGCGGGUGGAGAAGUACCUGGGCAUCCCCUACGCUCGGCCGCCCCUCGGGAAACUACGGUUUGAGGCUCCAGUCCCCCCGAAACCUUGGGAGGGAGUGUUGAAGACCAUAGAGUUACCCCCCGCCUGUCCGCAGCCCCGGAUGGGAGUGACCUACAUCGACAUGCACGUGCCUGGAUUCAACCGAACCAGCGAGGACUGUCUCUACCUCAACAUCCACACACCAAAGGUCAGCCGCCAAACGGGAGCCAACCGGGGUUGGGAGGAGAAGCAUGGAACACACCCUCGUCACACCUAUCCUGUCAUUGUGUUUGUCCACGGAGGCUCUUACGAGAACGGCAUGGGCGCCAUGUUGGAUGGGGAUAUGCUGGCUACCAAUGACGUCAUUGUCGUCACUUUUAACUACCGCUUGGGGGCGCUGGGGUUCCUGUCUGCCCCCAACUCCCCCUUCAAAGGAAACUACGGGAUGCUGGAUCAGAUCGAGGCGCUCAAAUGGGUCAAGGCCAACAUCGUUCACUUCGGCGGCGACCCCGACCGCGUCACCAUCGACGGUCACAGUGCAGGGGGCUGCAGCGUGGGUCUUCUCAUGUUGUCUCCCUUGGCACGAGGUCUGUUUACCGGAGUCAUAGAGCAGAGUGGAUCCCCGUUCGCUCACUGGGCAGUCAGUCGCCACCAGACCGUGCCCAGCUUGUAUUUCAAGAUGUUUGUGGCUGCCAUGGGGUGUUCCGGCAACUACUCCUCCUACCAGCUGAAGCAAUGUCUGCAGGACCUUCCAACAGAUGCUGUGCAUGACACCAUUCUCAACGAACCAGAGCUUCCUAUUUCACUGGUUCCGCCAUUCCGACCAGCCGUGGAUGGUUAUUUCUUACCGGAUCUGCCGGAAGUGCUAGCGGCUCGAGGGGAGGUCACAGGUCAUCACCUUCUGACAGGAGCGACGAGAGACGAGGGCCUCAUUGCAGCCAUCCCGCUGGUGAAGCGCUACGACCUGAAGAACAUGGAGGGGACCCAGAAGCUGCUGACUCUGAUGAACUGUUUCCGUGGAGACCUGCCUCAGGUCCAUGGCAUUGUCGAGUCCAUACUGGAGGCGUACGCUGAGUGGCCCUACAACAUGAACGAGGAGGAAAUGAAGGAUCACUUUUCAGAGAUCGUGGGAGACUACUUCAUCGUGGCCCCGACUCACAAGACCGCGAGUGUCAUGGCGGCCCUGAACCUGACCGUCUUUGUCUACAGCUACGAGUACAGGUCCGACUACGACCAGUGGGAGGGUGUUAUUCACGGGGCAGAACUGUUUUACCUGUCGGGCUUCCCGCUGAAGGGCCAUUCCAACUUCCGGUAUGACGAGUCCGACAAGCACAUGGCGCACCUGCUGCUGCAACUGUGGAGUAACUUCGUCAAGAACGGACUGCCGUCGCUGGUGCCGCUGCAGAACUUCCACAUGCCGCGCUUCACGCUGGACCAGCACGCCUACACCCGCUUCUACUCCGCCGACCGCGCGCCCACCCUGCUCGUGCAGCACGACCUCAAGCCCGCCAAGCUGGCCUUCUGGAACCAGCGGGUACCCGAGAUGUACGUGCAGCAGCUGGCCGAGAUGGCGCAGUACCCGGCCCCGGGCACCGUCCUGGCCCCUCGUGACGUCACGGAGCUACAGCGCGUGCACUCCACUUCGCGGGAUGAGAUGGGUGCAGACGACGAAGGACAACAACAAGGAGGAAGAGAAGGGGAUGCAGAGCGCGGCAGAAACACGGUGAACAACAACGACCUCAGCCGCCAGCAUACGGACGACAACAAGACCAUCGGCAGCCGCUUCAACAACCCGGGCCCGUAUGUCAUCGCCCAGGAACCUAACCACUGGUUUCUCAUCGCCGCCUGCAUCGGUCUGUCGCUUCUCACCGUCCUGCUGUCGGUAUGUUACUGUCAGGUGCGCAGACAGGUGACCAACCUCAUGCGACAGAGCAGCGUGUCCAGCGGACAGCCCAUGCUCUGAACGGUUCGUGAAUCCAGAGGUGGACGCUCUUGUGAAGAGGCCUUCAACGUGGUCCUCGAUGUAGAACGACUUGACUGUCUUGUGUUCAAGAAGAAUGUUCUAGACUCUGACUUCUUUAUAUAAAACCAAAGGGAGAAAUGAAUUAUUUUUCAUGAAGAAUUCUUCUGCCAGCAAUAAAACAGUAGACGGCUGUUGGAGACAUUCUCAUUCGAUAACUUCGUUGAUGGACGACAGAGUGGUGCUAAGAGCAAUGACAGAUUUUUUAAAUCUGCUUUUUCUUCUUCUUUCCUACUGUCAGAGUAGUUCUGGGAAUUAUUGUGAGAUGUGUGGUACGUUGCAUUCGCUGAUUGUUAAGGGCAAAAAUCGUGUCAAUUAAUUUAUUUCCCUUGAAUACUCUGAUGUUUCAAAGUUUGAUGUUUACUAUUCAGGGUUACGAUGAUGGUGCAUGACAUGGGAAGUAACUGUACAGUUGAUACUCCACGAAAGCGCAGUUACCUGCCUGGAUUUUCUUCUGCCAGCAAUAUUGCCUCUGCCCUUUUACUUUUGUGGGAAUAUGAUAGUCGUACUGCUCCAUGCUGAAUUGUUUGUGAAAAGACAGAAGGAUGUUAUUCACGGGACGAGAAGCAAUGACUUCCAGAACACAGUUUUUUUUUCAAAUGGACAAUAGAGUGCCAUUCAAAUGAAAGCGGUUACAAUGCGGGAUACAAUGAUAGAAUGGCACUUCAUCUUCCUUCUCUCCUACUUAUUAUAGUUGUUCUCUCUCUCUCUCUAACAAUCGCCCUGACAAUGUUCAGACUGUAAGUCGCUGCCACGUCACAAAAUUAUUUAGUUGACUCACGUCUUCCGCUUUCCUCCUGUCAGUGAACUCACAUCUUUUCCUCUGCCCAUGUCCUCACCCCACCCCAACCUCUUGCUGACUGAUGAAAAGUAAAGCGAUGUUUUGAAGACCAAACAGUCAGUCGGGAGACAGUCGUGCAAAAUAAUCCUCGUUUUUCUACAGUGAGAAGCCCGAACACUGUAGUCUCACCUCGUCAUUGGUUUCCUGAGAUUGCGACCUUCUGAAGACUGUGAAGACCUUGUGAAGACCUUGUGAAGACUUUGUGAAGACCUUGUGAAGACUUUGUGAAGACUUUGAAGAAGAUGGAAGAGAGGCUCACGCGGUUCUCCUGUCCAGUCGAUCAGUUUGUCCUAAAUGGAGGAUACGUUCGUAAUCUAAUCGUCUACGAGGAAAGUUUUGUCGCUAGAAAACGGUGAAAUAUUUCACCAAUUCUGUCGGUUUUAAUCUGUUUUUGACUCAGUUAUGUCAUAAAAGAAAAUAAAAACCAAAGCGUCUCUUAGUGAAGUAGUGUCAUUGUAGAUGGUCCUGCAGUCCAGAUGAUACAGUGUCGCUGAUGACACAGAGUAGCUCUUGAGUAGGAUGUUUACAAUAAAUAAAUAUCGCUUUAUAAAUAUAAAGAUCACCACUCCAUCAUGACCAACAGUUUUACACCUUUGUGUACUUUAAAGUUUUUCUGUUUAGCGGUUGUUGUGUCCACGAUUAGUUGCUGAAGAGUGCGAGUGGAAGGCUAUUUACCUGUUUUUUCCUCACGACUUUUGCUUUUCUUUUGCCUUCUUGAUUUUAUUUAUUUCAGAGAAUAGUAGGUGUUGAGCUGUUUGUAGGUCCCACUGUUUUCAGUAAAAGCCAAAAAAAGAUAGCAAAGCUGACAAUCAUCUGUGAGCCCGUUUUGACUGUUGCUGUAAAUACACGUGAACCAUGUCAAUGAUGUGUACAAUAUGAGGUGUAUCUUUGUCUGAAACUGGGGAGAGGAAUCUAUAUGCCCUUCGGUCCUUUUUUUUUUUUUUUUUUUUGUUAACUGUUCUCCUAAGUCUUCUGUCUCCGUAGCAACAAUUUUAUAUUUCUAUUUUUCUUGCUUUGUAUUUUACUAUGAGAUAUAUUUAUUAAUUAAAUAUAGCGACUUCGUAUAGUGCUUCACUAGCAAGGUUUUAUAACAAGCCAGAUUUGUUUCAAACAAACAACAAAACAGUGAAUAUUGUCAGAUAUAUCUUGAGAUGUAUUAGUUUACACAGAAAGAUAUUAAUGCCAAACUGGAAUAUUUAAAGAAUUAAAGAGAAUUUAGUAACAGUUCAAUUAAAUAUCAAGGCAUCGUAGAAACUGUAUGCUGUGUGACAUACUUAUGCUAUAUGUCAGCAAUUUAUUGUGUUUUUCUGGGCUUUAUACAAAAUUAUUUUGUAAAGUAAUCAUAACUGUCUAAAGGGAUUUUCAUCAAACCAGUGAGUAAAGUGAGCAAUCGCAAUCAGUCCGACAUGUCUGAAGGAAUCUUGUAAAUAUUAGACAGUGUGACCAGCUCCUUGGUUUGAAGCCUCCAUUAUUUCUGUUGAUGAAGAUGACCAUGCAGAGGACUUUGCACAAGAAAGUACAAGGUGCGUUUAGCCACUGUAAACUGCAUUUACCGGUAGAAUGUGUUUCUGUUUUUAGUGAGAUGGUUGAUGUGUGUUACUCGUGUUUCAUAUCUUAAAGUUUCACCUGAGCCGUUUGCUGUCGAUCACUGAUGUUUGUGACGUCAUUCCCACAUAUGUACAUAUCGAUGACACUGAUUCGGGUGAACACGCAUUCCAGUGACGGUUUUGUUGUUGUUGUGCUGUGUCCUUGUUUGUUAUCAUCCCUAGCAUGAUGCUUUUGCGGUGUUUAUGUUGACUUUCUCGUGUCAGCCCUCAGUCUCACUCACAGGUACGCACAUCAGCGCGUUCAGAACCCGAUUAUAAACUAACGUGCACACAAACAUAUAUGUACAUAUUCACAAACGGCCGUGUGUAAUGUAAAUCUUGUUUCAUCCGUAGUGGUAAGAGAGACAACUCCUGACUUUAGUCAUGAGACGUCUGUCGCAGUUAACUCCCUUUAAUGUUGACAAAACCUUAUUCUUCUUGACAUCGCGUCUCACGGUCACGACUAGAAGACUCAUGUCUGUGGCUGUGGGUUUUCUCUCCCAUAUUUGUGUCAAUUCUUACUAUAUAACCCUUUUUUACCUGUAUUGUAAUUCAGCUUAUUUUUAAUCUCCUGUUGUUAAAUACAUGUAAAGUUGCAAAACUAAUUUGUAGCGCAGUGGUGAGUGCGAGUAAUCGAAAAUCCAAACAACGCAUGUGUUCAUUUUCUUUGUCCGUUAUAUUCUUUUUAUUUCCUUUAGUUUCUUACUGCACAUAAAGCAGAAAUAAUUUAUCUUUAUUGUGUGAUAUCUCAUAUGAUGUUGCGUAACAUUGCUCUGGGUGCAGUUCCAUUAAAGUAAAAUAUAUUACACUUUCUACUUUCUGCAAAGACAUAAACUGCACAUGUUUUGAGAGGAGCACAAGCUUAUUAUAUAAUAGUUAUUAUGCAGCUUUAAUAUCUUCGAUUAAAGACUUUUGUUAAAGUUAUGUUUAAACGCAGUCACAAACAAUAAAGCCUUUGAAGGAGUUUCCGACAAUCAGUCACCUGCCACAGUAUUUCACUUUGCGUCUAAAUCUGACAGAGUGGCUAUUGGUAGACAAGUUGUGACUGCCCCACCUAUCUCAGAUGUUUUAAUACAGAAAAUGUGAAGACAUUUCAAACCAUAGCAGUAAUAUAUAACUUGUGAAUGUCAAUCAACAAACCAACCAAGCAGCCAACUAAAACCGACUUUACCGUUGAUCCUCAAGACUUGCUGUUAUUUUUCGUUCGCUUUUACCUCGUUCUCAUCAGAGCUGCUCACCCUUACUCGGUUAGGUAGCCCCACAUUGCUGUCUCUCACCAGUUGCUCGUUCCUCCGUAUUCUGGUCCCCUCCCCACACCCAACUAGUGGCGGUCUGGUGGUGCAACUGUUGGCGCCUGUCAUCAAUACAGUGAAGAUAGACUGUCCUGGGUUCAGAUCUUGUUUCGGGCACGCUGUUCUUGUUCUGCAUGUGGCUCCUGUUUACAGGGGCAACUGUUUCGCCGUGAAAUAGCUUGUUAGCCGACUCCAUACAAACACCCACUUUCCUCCCUCCUUACACUCUGUCUAUCUGCGCCAUGUUACAGACGAUGCUGUUUUCACCUGUUGUUUUGAUGUCUAACCACGACAAUACCUCUUCAGUUCUUGUGCUUGUCAGUACAUUUGUUUUAAUAUUCAUUUUCCCCAUCCCCACUCAAGUCCGAGCACCCUGUUGUUUAUUAAACAACACAGCACGACACGGUUGUUAUAUAUCUUUAGAUUGGAACCUUGAAAUACCUCUUGAAAGCAUGCCAGUCCCUGGUCCUGGUAAUUGUCUAGCGAUCACUGAGCUCACCAGUUGCUGUUCUACUCUUGCAUCAGUCCAAACUUUGUUACAAAAUGUUACAAGAGGGUUUGGAAGUUUUUUUGUACAUGUACAAAUAUCUGUCACGUCAAUAAAGGUGUCAUCACUUACCA